AAAAUCUCUAAAUUUUUUAAUAUAUUACCUCCAAAGAAGGAUGAUCUUCUAAACUGAAUUUGAAAAUAGUUACUGAUUUCUCAAUUUUCUGCAGCAUCAUGAAAUCAAUGCCGCCACGUCAAAAAGCAAAAACUAGCAAAAUCGUAGACUCAGGCGAAUCAAGUCAACCGCCAAAACCAAUCACGCUUGUAGAUGGUUCCACGAUUCAUUACGAGUUUCGAAAAAUUGGAAUUGUCGACGAAGGUGGGCGUACUUUUGAUCUGCUUCCUCCUAAUCGAUCAAUAAAAGGUAUGGCAAUGAUCCCUGAUCGCGGUGCUACAGCGCGACUUCCAGGAGAAACAAAAGAUUAUGCUAUGUAUCAUAAUGAUCACGGAUGGAUCGAACAUAAUGGUUAGCUGGCACAUAGUGUUAUUCGGAAUCAGACAUCUCUGUCACAUACACUUCCUCAUCCAGCAGCAAAUCGAACCGUAUCUGAAGU